CUUUCUCUUCACACCCGCCACAAAGCUGCCACAAGUGCACGCAAAAGUGCGAUCGUACGAUGUCGUACACGGGGCCGGGGGCGGGCGCAGGGGCUCGACGACGCAUGCGCAGCGAGGUUACGGAUUUGUACGCCAACCACAACAUUCCCCCAUAAAAUCUCCAUGCUUAUUUAGGCGUUUGGCUGGAGGGGGGC